AUGUGGUCUGAGGGUCGAUACGACUAUGAAAGACUUCCAAGAGAACGGGCGCCCUCUCGAAAUCACCCUACUGAUGGCUACCAUAGAGUAGUUAAUAUUGUGCCAAAGAAACCACCACCACUACUAGACAGACCUGGUGAAGGAAACGGCAAUAGAUAUUACAGUCAUGUUGAUUACCGAGAAUAUGACGAGGGCCGCAGUUUGUCUCAUGAUCGAAGAAGUGGUCCAUCUAACAGAGGAGAUGAAUCUGGUUAUAGAUGGCCACGGGAUGACCAUACUGGAAGUCGACAGUCUGAAUACAGGGAUGUGAGAGAUGGCUUUAGAAGAAAAAACUUCUACUCUUCCCAUUAUACAAGAGAACGGUCUCCUCAUAAAAGGGACAGUGGUUUUUAUAGAGAGUCAUCUGUAGGACGAAAGGAUUCUCCACACAGCAGGUCUGGCUCCAGUGUCAGCAGUAGAAGCUACUCUCCAGAAAGAAGCAAAACGUACUCCUUCCAUCAGUCUCAUCGUAGAAAGUCCAUGCGUGGUGGUGCCGUCUACAAACGACAGGAUGAAGGAAAGCCAGAAAGAGGUAAAGAAAGACCUGUCCAGACCUUGAAAACAUCAAGAGAUCCUUCCCCUACAAGUUCUUCGGCAGUCUCUUCUUCAAAGAUAAUAGAGAAGCCCAGUAGGCUAACUGAAAAGGAACUUGCUGAGGCUGCAAGCAAAUGGGCUGCUGAAAAGUUAGAGAAGACAGAUGACAGUAACUUACCUGAAAUUUCCGAGUAUGAGGGAGGAUCUUCCGCACCCUUGUUCAUUGACCAGCCAGAAGAACCUGAAUCAAAUGCGACAGAUAGCAUAGAAUUAUUUGAAGACAGUCAGCUAACCAACCGCUCUAAAGCAAUAGCAACAAAAACCAAAGAGAUUGAACAGGUUUACCGACAAGACUGUGAAACGUUCGGGAUGGUGGUGAAAAUGCUGAUUGAGAAAGAUCCUUCAUUAGAAAAGUCUAUACAGUUUGCCUUGAGGCAGAAUUUACAUGAAAUAGGUGAGCGGUGUGUUGAAGAACUCAAGCAUUUCAUUGCAGAAUAUGACACUUCUAGUCAAGAAUUUGGAGAGCCUUUUUAG